AUGCGGCCGGAACGGAGCGUCGGAUUCGUCGCACUGAGCGUCCUCGCCAUCCUCUCUCCGAGCAGCGGCACCAAAGUCGCCCGCGAUGUCAUUCCAGAUUGGACAACGAGCGGAAGCGACUCUGGCUGGGUUCAAUGUGCGCCAAACGAAACCAGCCAGACGUACGAAUGCAAAGAGAAUGCUCUCUGGAUAUGCUCGCUGGGUCGCUGCGAGUGCAAUCAAGAUUAUGCCUUCAACUGGGGCACCCGAAGCUGCGAAUACGCUCCGGGAGUCGACGAUUUGGAGCUGAUCGCCAUCCAGCCGGGGCAGAAGGGAUUCCAGCUGUGA